UCUCUCCUCUUUAACCGACCCAAAAAUAUAAUUCAAAAUUCAAAACUAACACUCUCACACAAAUUGAAGAAGAAGAAGAAGAGAGAGAAAUUGAAGCUUUCAAAGUUGGUAAAAAUGGCGACUGCAAGAGUUGAUAUGAAAGGAUUCUAUAAGCAGAAGAAGAAAGGUAAUACUGGAAUUUCAAAACCUUCUCCCAAAGGUCUUAACAAGAAGAAGACUCCUUCUCCUUCUUUUGUAUCCGACAUCGCUCAAUCUCCUGCUCUUGUUACUCGCAAUGGCUCUUUUGAUCUUCAAGAUGAUUAUGAUCAGAAUGAGGAAGUGUUGAGGCAAUUUGACAUGAACAUGAUGUAUGGACCGAGCAUUGGUAUGACUAGGCUUGAUCGAUGGAACCGUGCCAGUAAGUUGGGAUUGAACCCUCCUAAAGAGGUUGAGAACCUUUUAACAUCGGACAAGGUUCGUCCUGAAUCCUUAUGGGAUAGUCGUGUUUGAGGUGUUAAACUGGUUUAAUGGUUGAUGUCAUCUCAAUCCAGACUUUAAGUUUUAGAGGUUAGACGCUCUUGCUCUUAAAUUGUGCAGUUUGUGUUAGUUGAUUAUCACUUCUCGGUGAUAUUAAGUUCCUGGUUGUUAGCUUUAUUCUCUACUUGAAUGCUGUAAGUUAGUUAUGCUGCUGGGAGUCUAUGCACUCCUGUUAUGUAAGAAUUAGCAACUUCUCUGGAGAUUUUCUUUUGUACUUUCCAUCUAAUUAAACAUAAUCCUAUUACAAAAUGGUGCUAUCUCAAGUUUCAUUUCUUGCUGUCAA